CACACUGAGACAUCAGCAGCACCGCAGCUCUGAGAGUGAUGCUUAUGAUCCAAUAAGCCAUGAUGAGAGGGCGGCUCCUGUUUGUGCUCUGGUGCUUCAGCAUCCUGGCAGCGGCCCGCAGCAUCACAGUUUCAUGUGUGAGUGACUACAUCCAAAACAUAACCUGUGUGGUGAACAACAUCAAUCCUGACAACUACAGCCUGAAGUUCACUUCUAGAGAAAGCAGAAACACGUGUCCGCUCGUGGCGACCGAUCAGGGUUACUUCUGUAACUGUCAAGUUUCAGAUUCACAUAUGGCAUCCUAUCACAAAUAUGAAAUAAAUCUUUGUAAGGCAUCUUUCUGCGAAGUUCUCCAAAGCAACUUCACACCAAAAUUAAGCAUUAAGCUGACCCCGCCUCCUGUAGUGGAUCUCCAAAAAUUAACAGAUUAUAUCAACAUAACCUGUAAGAGUAACAGGUAUAAAACACACAUGUACUUUUCAAAGAAACUCGUAUAUGAAGCUUUGCUUCAAGAAUCCCACAGCAGCUGGAACAUAACGUUUCGCCUCACAUUUGGAAAUGUUCAUGCAGUCCAUAGUAAAUCAUUGCUCAAACAAAACACAGAGUACUGCGUGAAAGCCAGAUUUAAGUUUAGAGACGAACAGAAAUUGCGCUCUACUUGGAGUGAGUGGGGUGAACCAAUAUGUUGGACAAAUGAACAAAUGAGAGAACAAGAACACAUAGUUCCUAUUUUACUCAAAUCUCUGGGCCCCAUCUGUUUAAUUAUUGGAAUCCUCCUGUUUGUUUUCUACAAUCCUGCUACAAGAAUGAAGAUAAAAACUCUGGGCCACACACCAACACCAGCCCCUUUCUUUAAGCCUCUGUUUCAGCAACAUGACGGAAAUCUACAGGAGUGGCUCUCUCCUCAAGGCAAGUAUGUUCUGAAGUACAAAACCGAGGAGGACCUGAUCACCGAUGCCGUGACUGUUGUGCCAAAGUCCAGCCCAGAGGAUUUAGAGGAGAACCAAGUCUUCCUCGUCGCUCCAGGAACGCAGCUGGUCUUCCCUCUGAGUCACACCUCCUACGUUGGCUUUCCAGGGAUGGAGAAAGCCUCCGCUCCUCCCUGUCCAGGAGACACGCCGUACACUCAGCUCCCCUGCUCUGUUUGGGGUCCCUGCAUCCAAAACGUAGAGGUUGUCUGCUCCGAUCCAAAAGGUUUCCUAGAGAUAAGCCGUUCUGAUUCUGGUUGCAGCUGCGAGGAUCUGACCCAAAGCCCGGAGUGCAGCUUGCCAUGCAGUCCUGUGGAUGAGAUCCCGAUGGCCAACCACUGUAACGACUACUGCAUCCUCAACAAGACCGCUCAGGGAGUCGUUCCUGUGUUGCUGUCCAAGGAACGUCCUGCAGAUGUUCCCGACCAUUCUCUGAAGUCAGAAGGAUGAAAACUUCUUGUUUGUUCAUUUUUGAGGAAAAUGGCUUUCAUUUCCCCAAUGAAAGCCAUUGAGGCUUUUAUGGAGGACUCAAGGGCUCAAUGCAAGUCGUUGCAUUGAUUCUCAAUGCAAGUCAACAAACCUGCCAUGUUUCCCAUCCCUGGUGAAACUUAUCAGUAUGCACUUGUAAAAAAGUAGCUGAAUCACCUUUAGCUGGUGGAAGCAAAAAGAUUGUAAUAGACCUGCAGGGUAUAUGUGACCUGUCUGAGAAUGUGAAGGUUACACUUGUUCUUGGCAACAGACUGCUUUUUUUCUGCUUUUUUACUUCAGCUAAAGGAAAAGAACGAAUCAUUUAUCAGAGUUUAUAGGUAACAAUAGCUUUCUGAUGCAUUAUUUUCAAUAUAUUUUUGCCAGUGUUGAAAUAUUUUAGUGUGGACUCAUAGGAAACUUUAUUUUUAUUUGUACCAUCCAAUGCAAAUGUUGAGUUUACUCUGACUCCAUUUAAUCUAGUCAGAACAGACUGAAAGUGUUCUUGGCUUCAGAUGAAGGAAUUUGAAUUUCUGCUUUAUGUUUGAUGUAAAAAGGGUAAGAAAUGGUAAUGUACUGCUAAACCUUUAAAUUUAGGCAGAAAACGGUUUCUCCCUCAUUUUUAUGCCAUGUAUUCUUUUUGCACAGCGUCCAAAAUGACGGAUCUAGAAGUUGAAUUAUGUCUCACUUAAUUUCACUAAGGGACUUUGAACUUUUAAAGCAUCACUGAUGUCUUCAUCUUUGCCAUAUUUUCUAUUGCUUUCAUCAGGCACUUUCACAUUAAUGUCCUGAAUAUAUCUGCAGCUGAAUGUUGAUUAACAAUAGACAUUUAAGAGAUUCUCACUUUGUUUACAGCAGAAAAAGGAGAAUGAUGUGCUACCAAAUAUAUAAGAUGGAGUAGCAAUAACCACAUUUAUCUCCAUUAUGCACACU